GAGACCGGUGGGGACGGGGCGGGGCGCAGCUUUGCGGAGCCCUAGCGCAGCGCUGGGGAGGGGGGCGGCCGAAAGGGGGGCGGUGGUCGGGCCGCGCAGGCGGAGAUGGAAUGGGGCCCGGGCUCAGACUGGUCACGGGGGGAGGCUGCCGGCGUGGACCGUGGGAAGGCGGGGCUGGGGCUCGGCGGGAGGCCACCCCCGCAGCCGCCCCGGGAUGAGCGCGCCCAGCAGCUGCUGGACGCGGUGGAGCAGCGGCAGCGGCAGCUCCUGGACACCAUCGCCGCCUGCGAGGAGAUGCUGCGGCAGCUGGGCCGCCGGCGCCCGGAGCCGGCUGGUGGCGGGAACGUCUCAGCCAAACCCGGAGCACCUCCCCAGCCAGCUGUCUCCGCCAGAGGUGGCUUUCCAAAGGAUGCUGGCGAUGGAGCUGCGGAGCCCUGAGCAUCCCUGAUGGGCACCCUGACUUCUCUCCCUCCCGGGGCUGGUGGCUGAACUCUGAACAACUCCCUUCAAUAAAGGGGCCAGUCUUCACUGGCAGUGGCUGGUACUUGGCUCUCAGCCUGGGGUGGCAGCUCUGCUAGCAGCUGGGUUCACUCCCACUUCAUCCUGGCUGAAGGCAGUGCUGAGCUUUGAAAUGUAGCCAACAAAUACCCUGUCUGAUUACCCGGAUUUGGACAGACCAGCAGUGCUCUCCAGAGUGGUCUGGCCUGCUUUGGGGGAUCCAGGUGGUGUUACAUGUCCAUUUCAUGCUUUGGGGGCUCCUAGCCCCACAAAACACUUUUAGCAGAGCCUUGAUUAAAAGGAAACCUGCAGACUUUC